AUGUCUUCCUUCAGCCCUACGCAGAUCUUUGAGGAGGGCACAACCGAGGAGAAGGGCGAGAAUGCUCGUCUUUCUGCCUUUGUUGGUGCGAUUGCUGUCGGCGACCUGGUCAAGAGCACCCUCGGCCCCAAGGGCAUGGACAAGAUCCUGCAGUCCGCCUCGACCGCCGAGAUCAUGGUUACGAACGACGGUGCCACAAUUCUAAAGUCCAUUUCCCUCGACAACGCCGCUGCUAAGGUUCUCGUCAACAUUUCCAAGGUCCAGGAUGACGAGGUCGGUGACGGCACGACGUCGGUAGCCGUAUUGGCAGCCGAGCUGCUGCGUGAAGCAGAGAAGCUUGUGGAUAAGAAGAUCCACCCUCAAACUAUCAUCGAAGGCUACCGGAUAGCAAGCCAGGCAGCGCUGCAAGCUUUGGAAGAGUCGGCCGUUGACCACAGCAAGAACCCCGAAGCUUUCAAGAAGGAUCUCCUUGCCAUUGCUCGGACAACCCUGAGUUCCAAGGUUUUGGCCCAGGACCGAGACCUGUUCGCCAAGCUUGCCGUCGAUGCUGUGCUGCGCCUGAAAGGCUCUUCCGAUCUUAGCCACAUCCAAAUUAUUAAGAAGGCUGGCGGCAAGUUGAGCGACUCCUACUUGGAUGAGGGUUUCAUUCUCGACAAGAAGAUUGGUGUGAACCAGCCCAAGCGGUUGGAAAAGGCCAAGAUUCUGGUCGCCAACACCUCCAUGGACACGGAUAAGGUCAAGAUCUUCGGUGCCCGCGUCAAGGUCAGCUCGACAAGCAAGCUGGCCGACCUCGAAAAGGCAGAAAAGGAGAAGAUGAAGGCCAAGGUGGACAAGAUCAAGGCACACGGCAUCAACUGUUUCAUCAACAGACAGCUCAUCUACAACUGGCCCGAGCAGCUUUUCACGGAUGCUGGCAUCAUGUCAAUCGAGCACGCGGACUUUGACGGCAUUGAGCGUUUGGCCCUUGUCACCGGCGGCGAGAUCACGUCUACCUUCGACCACCCCGAUCAGGUGAAGUUGGGCCACUGCGAUGUCAUUGAGGAGGUCAUCAUUGGCGAGGAUACACUUAUCAAAUUUUCUGGUGUCGCGGCAGGUCAAGCUUGCACUAUUGUCUUGCGCGGAGCGACUGACCAACUCCUUGACGAGGCCGACCGCUCGCUACAUGAUGCGCUUGCCGUCCUUUCUCAGACUGUUAAGGAACCGAAAACAACACUUGGUGGCGGUUGCGCCGAGAUGUUGAUGGCCAAGGCGGUUGAGGGCGCUGCUACCCGUGUUGAAGGCAAGAAGCAGAUGGCCGUCGCUUCCUUUGCUGUUGCAUUGCGACAGCUUCCUACUAUUCUGGCUGACAAUGCCGGUCUUGACUCAAGCGACCUGGUUGCGCGACUACGAAAGGCCAUCUACGACGGCAUGUCUACAUAUGGUCUUGAUCUCAUGACUCCUGGCGGUGGCAUCGCAGAUAUGCGAGACUUGGGUGUCAUUGAGGCGCACAAGCUCAAGAAGGCGGUGGUGUCGUCAGCAAGUGAAGCUGCCGAGUUACUGCUGAGAGUAGACGACAUCAUUCGUGCCGCUCCGAGAAGACGGGAAAGGCAAUGA